AUGGAGUGCAAUGUUGCUAGAGAUAAUAAGAAGAUAUUUAAACUCUUUACCAAUAUCCGUCAAAAUACCACCAAAACCAGUCAACCUGUAUCUUAUUGCAUCUUAAUGAAAGUUUAUUUACCGGAAUCCAGACUGCCAUCUUUAUAUAGGGAUUUUAGGCCAUUGAAAGAUUUAAAUCCCGAUGGCUACGAAGCAAACAUCAGUACAUGGAGGGAUUUCUUACUGCAACGAUAUAUCAACAAUUCUAACAAAAUCACAUUUACUAUAGGGACAAAAAUUUUACAAGAGUUAACUCAUGAGGUUUACGGCGUGCCGAGAAGCAUUGAUAUAGCAAUUAACGUUCUUGUAAACGAAGGAAAUUUAAUACCUAUGGAGCUAUUCAAUCUCGGUGGAAUGUACAAUAAUAACAGCAAAAGUGGAUUUUGGAAGUGGAUCAGAAGUUGGAAGGGGUCCACAAAUAUGUAUAGCAGCCGGAAGGAUGAAACGAGUUUUUACUUGAAGGAAGAUAAAUUUAUUAUCAAAGCGAAUUUGGAAAAAGAAUAUCAAAGGUUUCAUGAAUCACUCAAAAGAAGCAUUUUUACAGAAGCCUCAUCUAUUACAGAUUUAGUAUUCACAAAGAACGAAUUCAUAACAGCGGGAAAUUUAAAAUCAUUCUUCUCAACUUAUGAUGAAGAAACGAAAAGCGUAUUCCUGUACUUUAUAGAAAAUUAUAAGCAUAUCAUAGUUUCAAAGGACAAUGUUAUCAAAGUCAUCGCAUCUGAAGUAGAAGAUGUUAUUAGCAAGUUCUCCAAAGACAUCACAGAAAACGAUCUUCGGAUUGCUAGUGUUAAAGUGGGUAUUUUAAACAUCAACAAACAGAUUGCAAGAUUAAAAAAAGAAAUUGAUGAGUCUAAUAUUCAACUAAGAGACCCAGAGUUUAAUGAGUUGCCUAGGAGAAUAAGGAUUGAAUAUAAACAGGCGAGGUUAUUAUCUGAGAAACAUCUUUCUAAACUACUGAAGUUUCAAAAUAAUCUUGCUCAAGUAAGAACUCAAAUAGAAACCAGUGCUACUAAUGCAGUUUUGGUUCAAACCUUGAGCGAAUCUAACGAAGUGAUCAAGUCAAUCAAUGGGUAUAUUGGUUCCACUGAAAAAGUGGAAGAUUUAUUAGAUGAGAUCAGAGAGGGUCAUGACCGCACCGAAGAGGUCAAUAAUUUAUUAACAAGUUAUAAUAAUAGUAAAGAUGAAGAAGUGGAAGAAGAGAUUGAAAGAGAACUAGAAAGAUUAGAACUUGACGAGAAGAAUAAGGAUAGGGAAGCAAAUAAGAUUCAAGGUUCCAACGAGCCAGAAGAAAACAGCAGCGAAGAUUUGUUGAAGAGACUAGAUAAUUUGAAGAUAAAUACAAAUGAAGAACCUAUGCAAGACAAUGCAGACCAAAAUGAUGGAAUGAGAGAAGUUAUGAUGGAAGAACAACCGCGUUGA